CUCAACUCGACACCACGCUACAAGGGCUCGAUUUUUUUCUUUGAGAUUAUCUAAUAUACCUUUUCUACCCAUUAAUAUACCUAAAGAACAGAUUUUACCUAACCACGAUCUUCAGGUCCUUUAAAAGUCGAUUCGGCACUUGUCAUUCCCUAACCUCUUUCGUUUUCUGAAACAGAAGAUCUAUUGACACACAAAUAAGUUACGAAACAAUUACCUACUGACCAAGUGCUCUCUUCAUGUAUAUUCGUCGGUAAUAAAACUCUUCCUCCAUCAAUGAUGAGAAAUUUAUUUAGUCAGUGAGAACAGGAGAGCGGUUUUGAAGAAUAAAUAUAUGGUCUUCUUUUGGCAUUUGCUUUUAUCACUAUGUUUUGGACAGACAUUUGUUUUAAUCCAUCAUUGGUGAUAUUAAUGUGGCUGAGGCUAUACAAACGGUUGGUUGGUUAACAAAUCUAAGAAAUUAGUAUCAAUACACUGUGUUAUGUGUUUUCUUUUUAACUCACCUAACUCAGUAAAAGUUGGCAAUGUGAAUUUUAAUGUAAUUUAUUUCCAGUUGCAUUUUAACGUAAAUGUCGUUAGUUGAAUAUGAUCACAACAAGAAUAUAUCUGUAUAUAUGUUUUAGGGAGACACGCCAGACGGGUAUUUUCACAAAUAAAAGUGAUAGCAUUCAUUUUUAGUCGUCUUCAUCGCAUAUUAUUCUUCAUUUAUUAAAGAUUAUGCGUUAUAUCAUGGAUAUAUUCUUUUCCAAAUGCUUAAAUUUAAGCAUCCUUAAGGAUAUCAACAAAAAGUUAGAAGGAUAAUAAACUGGUCUAGUAGUUCAUGGUGUCAAAGUUUAUAGAGUACAAGUGUUCAUGAGAGUGUCUCUAUCUACUCCCAAGGUUUAUAUUGUGUGAAAAAUGUAUCGGUUUAUUUAUGGAGAAAAAUUUCUGAGUUUGAGUAAAAACGUAUUAUCAAAUAUAAAUCUUAAGUUUCUGUGUGAUCAAGUUAAUUUAUUUAGAAUGUAUUUUUAUACAAAUUCUUGCUUCCGGACUGCUUAAUGUGGUUUCAGCGAAUUCAGUGAGUAUAGUCAGAAGUUCUGACCCAAGAAAGUUUUUUUAAAACGAUGUUAGUAUUAAUUCAAUUGUGAAACGUAGUACACAAGUCAAAUAGUAUAUAUAAGAACUUUCUUCAAUUGAGAAGCAACAAAAUUGUGUUUGUGUGAUCAAAUGUAGUGAUUGUAAUGCUACAUGUGCAGGUCAAACAACAAGAAAUCUGAGUUUGAAGGCGAAGGAACACGAACUAUACCUAAAGCAGAUUCAGUGAGACUCUUAUUUAUGGACGAGUCUUGCUGCAGAUUCUUAAAUUCUUAUAUGAUAUAAAAAGACCGAAAACAAAUCAGCUACAGCAUUACACUCAGUAAAGUCGGGUUAUACAAAUGAUUUUAAUGGCAAAAGAAUCCUACAAAAUGGUUUUAAUUCUUACAAAGAAAGACUAACAACCGAAUCUCUAUACAUAUGGGUAAAUCAAAAUAGUAUUAUUAAGAUAGAUGGAAUACAAUUAGUUGUCCUAUGGCAACUAGUAAAUACUAAGUAAACAUGGACUCCUCAUCACAUUUAAUCUAUCACUUAUUAUUUGAACAACGACAAUUACUCUUAACUUUUCUUAUAAGUUUUCUCAUCUAAAUAUGUUAAACAAUUAGCUGGGACAAUUAAAAUAACACAAACAUUCAUUAUUUCAUAUUUAGUUUGUUUACUUAUCUUUUCAUGAAUUUUGAGACAUAUUUGAUUCAUAUCAUAUAUAUAAAAGUCGUAUGUUCUCUUAAAAAUUCGCCGAUCAGAGGCGAUGAGUAGUGAGUGAAAAUUACUCUCACACCUUAGAUCCACUUGCAAAUACAUAAAAUAUGUUAUCUUAACACUUCAUUACAUAUUAUAUGUCUCAUACACAUUAAAAAAUACCCGCUUUAAACAUUGUUGGCGUGAUUGGAUGACCUGUUUAGUAUACAGUUAACCAGAGAACCAUAUACUUAUUUAUGUUUAAUAAUUUUAAUGUUUGACUAUACUUCCUUGAAACAGCUUGGACCAUAUCGCCAAGCGAACUUUUGGAUUUACUUCAAAUUCACCCGUUAGGAUUUUACAAAUGUAUUCUUCCAACGAAUUGUAUAGAACUGACAGUUACCUGGGUAGUUCAAAUAAGGAGUAUAUUUUCUGCAUUAACGCAUAUGAACACUUCUCAUGUGAUAAUAUUUAUCUAGUUAUUAUACUUGGAUAUACUUGAGUAAAUUCUUAUCUACGGCCUUCCUAUCACUUGCUUUGCAAUUUUGAAAAUUGCUUUCCCCAUUAUCCAAUUAGGAUUGAAAUAUAAGCUAGGCUUCAUCGUUACUACCUGGUUUUGUGAGCGCGUAUCCUGUUUGAUAGAUUUUAUGGUUGGUUGUUUAAUGAUCCGUUUAUUUUAGCGACUGUUUCAUCUUCAUUAGUCUGUUAUAUUUCUAAUUUUUUAAGAAAAUUGAUCUGGAAUAAUUUAAAAUUCUAUCUUUGUGUCCAACUAUCAAAAACAUGUUGUACUAGAAAUAUAUGACUUCGAAAUAUACAUUUGAUGAAUGUAGAAACAUUAUGCAUUGAGAUUAUAUGGAAAACCAGUAAAAUCCGAGACCCAAAGUAGUUGCUUCGUUCUGGUUUAGGUUUUAUUAGUAGUGCAAAACCAGUACCUCAUAUGAAGAAUGAAUCAAGAAACUUCAUAUCUCGCUAAUAGUACAAAAGCUUUGGACCAUUAGGUCAGUAUAUACAUAUAUUCAUAUUCUUACUUUUACUCAAUUUUCAAUGCACAAGGGUUAUCAUUCGGCGCUUUAGGAUCUUUAAUUGUUGUAAGUUAGUAAUAAAAACCUGAAAAUAUCUGCAAACCGUCUAUCUGAUUAAAUGAACAUUAUUUAUUCAUCUGUCAAACUAGCGCGAUUAUUAUUCUAGCUUGCGUUUUAGUCUUCAUAUUCUCAACACGAUCAGUAACGGAUACAAUGUACGUGGCUUUAUCAAGAUAUUACAGUCGCGAUUUCAAAGGUUGCAGGAAAAUUUGUGAAAAGCUAUUGAAAACUGAUCCUGAUAAUGAAGUGAGCAAAAAUUAAAAUUUAUCCGUUUUUCAUUAAUGGCAUGUUGGCUUUUGAAUAUGAGAGCAAUCACGGAGGAUAUGAUUGGUGAAGACGAGUUUUACACAGAGUUUAACCUUUUUGAUGUCGCAUUCCGUGAUCGAAAUGUUGUCGACAGUUGUUGUCUACGAUUCUCAUCAGAUAAUUCCAAACUAGCUACCAGUAGUUUAAGUCGGGCUGUACGUCCAUCAAAUCUGACCAGUCGCCCAUUAACGGGUGUUUAUAAUACAAACAGUACAGAGACGUAUACAAAUUCUAUCGAAACAGUUAUUCGUAACAAUUCAAGACCUAUAACUGCUCAUUAUAAUAAAUGCCAAAGAAAAGGAACCACUGCUCAGUUAAGUGAAGAACCCGUUCAUUUAAGUCGUUUGAAUUUAGCGAAGUAUACUCAAAAUUUAGAAGUAGCAUGUUCCUUAUUCGAAUAUCUAUUCUAUGUUGUUAAAGAAUAUCGUGAAGCGCUCAAUUUGACGAAUUUAAUAUGUGCUACUAAUAACAAGGCCAGUAAUCAGUUAUCAAAAUUACAGUCGAAUCGUUUAUCGUAUAAUGAACCUGUUGAAGCAAAUUGGUGGUGGUAUUUGCAGCAAGCACGUUGUUUAUAUUGUCUAGGACUUAAACGAGAAGCUGAAUGUUCAGUCAGUCAGUCAUUAGAAUUAAAUCCAAGUAUAGAAGCAUAUACACUUCUAGCAUUUGUUGCAAUACAGCUUGAUCAGCCCGGUCGUGCAAUUGGCGUUUAUGAUAGAGGUUUGGAAAGAUUUCCUAAUGAUAUUGAUCUAUUAACUGGUAAAGCUAGAAUAUACCAGAAGUUAAACAAUGCCUCACAAUCGGUUGUUUUAUACAAAGAAAUAUCCCAAAUAGACGAUAUGAAUGUUGAGAGUUUGGCUUCAAUUGCAAUUCAUUAUUUUUAUGAGGAUGAACCGGAAGUCUCACUAAAGUAUUAUAGACGUAUUCUACAAUAUGGAUAUGAAUCAACUGAGUUAUAUAAUAAUUUAGGAUUGUGUACAUUUUAUACACAACAAUAUGAUCUAUGCUUAUCAUUUUUCAAUCAAGCUAUUGCACUAAGUGAUACAACGAAUUUAGCAGAUAUUUAUUAUAAUCUGGGGCAUAUUGCAAUUAAUAUUGGAGAACUUCAAAUGGCCUAUCACUGUUUAUAUCUUGCUAUUAUGAAUGAUAAUAAUCAUGCAGAAGCAUACAAUAAUUUAGGUGUACUAGAACAGAAAAGUGGGAAUAUAGAUAUGGCUAAAGAAUUAUAUAAAACGUCAUGUCAGAUAACUUUCGAUUUGUUUGAACCACAUCACAAUUUAGCUUUUCUAACAGAAACUCUAGGUGAAUUGCAAACAAGUUAUAAUUUAACCAAAUAUUCAUUAAAUUUAUUUCCGAAUCAUAAAGAUUUACAAAAUCUAUUAUUUCGUUUAAAAGAAUAUUUUACUUCAAUUUGAUGAUGUAAUACAUAUAUAUUUGUGAAAAUUAAAACAAAAAUAUAGAAUAUUCAUUUUUGUAUUACUGAUUAAAUGCUUAUUCUAUAAAUAAAUCUUGAUUUC